GAGCGAGCUCGAUUUCAUUGUGGUAGGAGCGACGCGUGAAGCUCCGCGCCUCGCAGGUGUCAAUGCAGAUCUCGCAUCCAUUGUGCUCCUUGAUAAUGAGUAAAUAACGCGCGGAUGGGUUGUUCCAUCACCCUUAAGAUGAGUGGCUGCCGUGUCUUUGUUGGACACUUGAGCUCCCGUGCUCGUGAACGGGAUGUGGAGAAGUUCUUCAAGGGAUAUGGGCGCAUACGAGAAAUCCAUCUGAAAAAUGGAUUUGGCUUUGUGGAAUUCGAAGACCACAGGGAUGCUGAUGAUGCAAUUUAUGAACUAAAUGGUAAAGAGCUGUGUGAUGAAAGGGUCACAAUUGAACAUGCUCGAGCCCGAAGAGGAAGGGGAAGAUUCUCACAACGGUUCAGUUAUUACCAGUCGCAGAGUGGAUCUAGCCGGUAUGGGCCUCCUGUUCGUACUGAACACAGGAUCAUUGUUGAAAACCUUUCAUCCCGUAUCAGCUGGCAGGACUUGAAAGAUGUCAUGAGAAAGGCAGGGGAGGUCACUUAUGUGGAUGCACACAGAAACAACAGGAAUGAAGGGGUUGUGGAGUUUGCAUCUUACAGUGACAUGAAGAGUGCUCUGGAAAAGCUGGAUGGCACUGAGCUGAAUGGACGCAGAAUUAAACUGACUGAAGACCACAGAAGGCAUAGAAGCAGAUCUCGGUCGAGGAGUUACUCAAGAUCUCGCAGCAGGUCCAGGUCCACGGGAUCUUCCCGCUCGGACAGCCGCUCCCGCUCGCGCUCCCGGUCCCGCUCCAGGUCCCGCUCCCGCUCUCGGUCCCGCUCUCGCUCUCGAUCCCGCUCUCGCUCUCGCAGUCGCACUCCCAAAAAGAGUUACUCCCACAAAAGCCACCGCUCCAGCUUGAUAGCUUCUUCCCCCUCUCCCUCUUCUUCUAAAAGAAAAUCUCGUUCUAGGUCGAGCUCUGCUCACAGCCGUAGUUAACCUGCUUUGAGAGAUGUAUUAAUUAAUUUGAUUCAAGUUUCUUCAAGACUUGAGACAAGUUUUAUGUGAGAUCUGGGAGGGGAAGAGUUAACAUGAUGAAAGGGUGACCUCCUCUUACAUUGCCAAAGUGCCUGUCAUCAAAUAGGCCAUCUCUGUGAGGAGGGGCUGGCUGUCAGCUUUCUUCUUUCAGUGAAGUCUGGAGUGGGAAGUCUUUUUUAUUUUUUUCCCUGCUAUUAGUAAACAUUUCUAUCAUAGAUAUAUUAUGUACACAUAAUGCUGAGGUAAUGGGAUGAGACAAUACGCUGCUUUCUCCCUCUCUUGCCCCUACUUUCCCCUCCACCUCCAAGGCCUUUGACUUCCAAAAUACUAUGUUAGCUUUUGUCCUUGGUAUUAAGUCUGAGAACAGGAAGUAUAGAUUUAAUUCCUUUAAGGUUCUGUGGCUACUUUUCUGUGCGAGAAUGAAUGGACCAGAUAAAAUUAGUUUAGAGUUCCCCUUUUUCCCUGUUGCUUGGCUUAACAGGCUGUUUAAGUUCCAGCUUUACAUGACCUUGACAAUAUGCUUAAUUUGCAAAAGACUUUCAGGAAUACACAUUGGUUAGUUGAAUAUUGCUCACUUGGAUAAUGGAUUAAUACAAUGUUAAGCAGUAAUGAAAGCUGGAAUUUUCUGUUAAAGUAAGACAUACCAUCCAGAUGUCAGGUUUAUUGGGAAUCCAUUAUAAUAAUUUUACAGUAAUUCACUAGUAUGUGGUAUUGUAUGUAUAGGCCUUAUUUGACAGGUGACUUCAUAAAACUGCACAGAAAUGUCAAUAUGCAUGUCCAUGUUUUUGAUGUUUAUAAAAGUGACAUAGCUUUCAUACCCAAAAGUGUGAUACUGAAUAACAUGUGUAUGACUAGCAAUAGUCUUGAUGGAAAGGAAGGUUAUUUUAGUAAUGAGAGCAGCAAAAAAAAUUCCCAGGAAAAGUGUUGUCAAAAUCUCCGGAAUGCACACUUGUUUUGAUUAUUAGAAAUUUCCACUGCAAAUACUGUUGUUCUUACAAUUUGGAAUUAGAUAUUUUUUUUUAACUUCUGUAUUGUCAAAGAAGGGAAACAUUUUUGGAAGAAAUAUGUAAAUUAAUCCCAAAGUCUUACAUGUAUUUAAAUGUACCAUUCCUAAUAAAAUCAAUCCUUUUUCUGGCUUA